AAGGGGGAGGGUAAACACACCAGACUGAGCCAUCUGAACAGAAACAGGAACAAGAGCAUGAGACACCAAAACGUAAAUCUAAACCUUCUUUCUAAUUGCAAAGAACAAAAAAACAAGCCUGCAAUGAACAGCAGAGGGGAUUCGCAAUUUGAGGAACGUGCUUGAAGAAACAUGCAAAAUUCAACAGCCAGGGGAUAUGGCAUGCGAUCCUGUUCCUCUUUUCUUUCUUGUUAUGGCUCUGAACUGAAAACGAGAAUACUUCAUGCUUCAUAUUCCAGAGACUUGAACGUAUGUUGGUCAAUUUAUUUCAUACUAAAGAGGAUUUAAGGAUUUUAAGCCCUUUGGACUGAGGCGUCCUUUUCUGAAGGAUUUGCCAAAACAAGCAGAGAUCUGGAUUGUCCUCGUGUCUGAGGGCUGCCUCCAUCACUGGACCAGACUGCUCAGUGGAGGCUGCUUUUGUUUUGUUACUGAUGUACCCACCCUUUUGACUGGGGAUCCUUCAUUUCGUUAUGGUCUUGUCUCAGUCUCUUAUAUACCACACCUUGGAAAGAAAAGGCAUGGAUGGUUAGGAGAACAGCUUCAAGCAUGGGAGGCAAACCGAUGAAAUGUCUCAGCUCAUCCAGCCCUACACACACACCUAAAGAGGAGUACAUCAUUGGCCAGACUGAAGAACAGGGCGAGAUUUUGGGAAACCACACAGAGCAACCACAGAGCCUGAAUACAGAUGCAGUGAAGUUGUCAUUCGAUGAGCCAACUCCAGGACCAGAGAACACUGGAACAGGAGAUGGGAACUCCUGGGAGGAGCAGCUUUAUAUCCAGCAGGAACAGCUGGAAAAGGAGAUGCAGGAGACUAGGAAAAUGGUUACAAGGCUUCAGGCUUUGCUACUUCACGGGUCGCUUCCUGAAGAUGAGCAAACAAUUUCUCUAUUUGGAGACAGUGCUAUCAAUUCAGAGCAGCAGCUGAUAUUAAUACGCAGUCGUCUCGAUCAGAGCAUGGAAGAGUCCCUGGAUCUGAAGAGGGAGUUGCUGAGGUACAAGCAGGAAGCGCGCAAUCUUCAGGCAGUUAAGGAUGCCUUGCAGUACCGCAUGUCAAUACAGGAAGACUCAGUACUACAGCUUAAACAGGAACUACUCCGAUCCAGCAUGGACAAGGAGGACCUAGCAGGGCAGAAUAUGGAACUGCAAAGGAAGCUGAGUGAUCGAGACAGGUUGUUGAGUGAAUACAAAAAAGAAAUUGCACAGAAAGACAGACAACUUCAGCAGAAUCAGCCUAAACUGGAAGAGUCGGUGUGUACGCUCAAUGAGACUAACCAUCACAGGAUGUCUAGUUGUGAGAACAACGGUUACAGCCAUACGACGGAAUCGUUAUCUUCACCAUUUCAGCAUGGAGAACAGGGCGAUGAGCUGCACCUGGUACGGGAUGCUCUGCGCUGUUUGAGGAACAGUUUCAGUGGUCAUGAUCCUCAGCAUCACACACUGGACACUCUGGAGCAGGGGGUGUCCAGCCUGAUAGACCGUCUCUAUUCAACCGACACAAAGAAGAGGCAGGACAGGAAGGGUUUGAACAAAUCACCAGGGAGAAGAGCCAAUCAUACCGAUCGAGAGUCAUGGCCACCUAGUUCAAAAAUACCCCACUCUCAUAGUAGUCCUGUGCUCAGCGCCUCAACCUCAACCAAAGUACUCUAUUUCACAGAUCGCUCUCUUACACCCUUUUUAGUAAACAUUCCUAAAAGACUUGGGGAGGUCACACUUCAGGAUUUCAAGGCUGCUGUUGGAAGACACAGCAAUUUCAGAUAUCACUUUAAGUCUCUGGAUCCUGAAUUUGGAACAGUGAAGGAGGAGGUGUUCCAGGAUGAUGCUAUAAUACCUGGAUGGGAAGGGAAAAUCGUUGCAUGGGUGGAAGAAGACCAUAGUGAAGACAGAAGACCUGGGAACUAGAAUCUGCCCAAUGAGUUCAUUGUAUACAUGUGUAUACCUCUACACAAAUCUGCACAUUGUCAUCCCAGUCCAUUUUUGUGUGACAACUGAUUGUAAAAACUGUUUACAAAAUCAUUUGUGACCUUGCUUUCAUAGUAUUAGUAUUAUGGCUGAUAUUUUUGGAAGGCUUUAUAUAGUGUUUAGAAGAAACACUGUUUUAAAAGAUACAGUAUGCAGAAAUGACUGUACUUUAGCUGACAACCUAUUUGCCAAAUGAACAUGCUAAGUACUAAGCCUAAGUAUUUACCCCCUCCAUUGACGUUUCACAACCAAAUGUACUCUCAGUGCCAGUUCCAAGCCCAGAUAAAAUGAAAGGGUUUUAAUGGGAGCAGCUAAACGUUGCACAACAGGAACACAGAAUAGCUAAUUAUAUAAUGGUGAUUAGAAAAUCAAUAGAUUUCAAAAUUAUUUACAAAUCCAAAAUGUAAAACGCUGUGAUCACAUAAGGAUCCCCCACUGGUGUGAAAUUAAAUGAGUUCUACCAAUUGCCGUUCGAAAUCACAGUUCUUCCCCUCUCUUCAUCAAUGUUAUAUGUAGACGUAGACGCAUAACAAUCCCAUUUUAGUCCUUUUGAUUUCCGUUGUGGAAAAUGUUAAGGGGGUGAAUACUUUAUCAAGCUACUGAUCCAUCAUAUGUGUUUCAUAUAAGUCACAGCUUCCAAUUCGCAUGCUGGAGUACCUUUCUGAAGCCGUUACUUCAAACGACUAAUUCCUGCUUUUUGGUUUAAAUUAUUAUGAUUUUUAGUUUUUAUAUUAUUGCAGUUAUUCUAUUUGGUGCUUCUGACAUGUGAAUCUAAAAGUAGGAAAGAUGGGACCACUUCAUUUGUAAAAGAAUUUGAAUAAUUUGAAUACAAAAUAUGUUUUUAAAAAUCAUUUUCUCUAUACUGUGUGAGUCUGUUAGGUGUUAAAUCGAACCGAUAUUUGUCCUCUGUGUUAAUAAAGAUGCACUUCCUGUACACCUUGAA